GAAAUAGCAAAACCCAGUACAAGGAAAAACCCCUGGUGCUCGUUCCUCGGUUACAAAACGAUGUCCGCCGCCAGGUCUUUCCUACGUUCCGCCGCAUCCCGAGCAGCCGGUGUGGCGAAUCUGGCUGCCGGAGCUAGAGCAACACCGUCACGAUCCCCGUUUAGGAUCCCAAAGCAAAGCUCAAUCUCUAAUCGCAUUUUCAGGUCGCCGGUUGAGUUGAGUUGCUGCGUGGAAUCGAUGCUUCCUUAUCAUAGUGCUACAGCUUCCGCAUUGAUGACCUCCAUGCUCUCUGUCUCUCGCCACUCUUACGGUUGGACCCCUGAAGGGCAAGAGAAGACUAGAUGAAGAUCAAGCAUCAAAGAUGGUGUCACAUGGAUUUGUUUCAAAUUUUGGGUUUUGAAGCAUUGAGAACUUACCUUCUAUAGAUUAGUGAGAGGAUGAGAUUUCGAAAUUGAAUGUAAAAUGACAUAUUGAACAUCAUAUCUCAUAAUAACCUUUUACUUUCUGAGUUAUCAAGCAAUUCAACCCGUGUUUCUCUGUCUUAAAAGAGUUAUUAUGGAUUGUCUUAUUUAGUGCAUCCUGUCUUUUUUAAAAAUGCCUAGACCGUUUUAUAAAUCAAAAUUAACUUAAGAGAUAAUCGUGUG